GUGGGCUGGCCGGAGCUGCCGGCUUUGGCGGCGGUCGGCAGCGCGUCCUGAGCCGUCCCGAUCCAAGCCGCUGCGAGAUGAGCAGCCCCGAUGCGGGCUACGCCAGCAGCGACGACCAGGUGCAAGGGCGGUGCUCGCUGCCCAUCAUGAUGCCGGCCAUGUGCCCGUGGGCAGAGUCGCUGAGCCCGCUGGGCGAGGCGAAGGCGAAGGGCGGCGCGGCGCCGUCGGGGCCGUCGGGCGGCCGGAGCAAGGGCGAGGCGCGGAUCCGGCGUCCCAUGAACGCCUUCAUGGUGUGGGCGAAGGACGAGCGCAAGCGGCUGGCGCAGCAGAACCCGGACCUGCACAACGCCGAGCUCAGCAAGAUGCUGGGUAAAUCGUGGAAGGCGCUGUCGCUGGCGGAGAAGCGUCCGUUCGUGGAGGAGGCGGAGCGGCUGCGGGUGCAGCACAUGCAGGACCACCCCAACUACAAGUACCGGCCGCGGCGGCGGAAGCAGGUGAAGCGCCUGAAGCGGGUGGAGAGCGGCUUCCUGCAGCACGGCCUGGCGGAGGCGGCGGUGGCGGGGCCCGGGCUGGGCAGCGAGGUGGCCGGCGGCGGCAGGAUGUGCGUGGAGGGCCUGGGACUGCCGUACGGCGAGCAGGGCUACGCGGCGGCGGGCGCGGGCCACUACCGGGACUGUCCGCCGCUGGGCGCGGCGUUCGACGGCUACAGCCUGCCGACGCCGGACCCGUCGCCGCUGGACGCGGCGGAGAGCGAGGCUCCCUUCUUCGCGGCGGGGCUGCAGGAGGAGUGCGCGCUGGUGCCCUACGGCUACGGCCCGCACCCGGCGGCCGCCGAGUACCCGGCAGCGGCGGCGUCCGAGAGCCCGUCGGGCGCGUCGCUGCGGCGGCACCUGCCGCCCGGGGAGGCGCUGGGCGCGGGCGGGUCGCUGCAGGGGCUGCUGGGCUGCCCGGCGCCGCUGCACGCGUACUACGGGCAGUGCCAGCCGCCGGGGCCGGGGCGCGGCCCGCCGCCGCUGCCGCCGCCGGGGGCCGUGGGGCAGCCGUCGCCGCCGCCCGAGACGGCGCCGUGCCGGGAGCAGCUGGAGCAGCUGCCGCCGGAGGAGCUGCUGGGCGACGUGGACCGCACCGAGUUCGAGCAGUACCUGCGCUUCGCCUGCAAGCCCGAGCUGGCGCUGCCCUUCGGCGGCCACGACGCGGCCGCGCUGUCGUCGCCCGAGGGAGCGGCUCCCAUCUCGUCGGCCGUGUCGGACGCCAGCAGCGCCGUCUACUACUGCGGCUACCCCGACUUGUGAGGGGCUCGCUGGGGCACGGCUUGGACACUGGCAGGGAGGCGCCCGGCCCCUCUCCUAUUUAUGUAAUUUAUUUGAAUCUCCUUGGGACAGUUGCACAAACUUUGUCUG